AUGCAUACCCAUUUAGCUCAAUAUCAGGCAUCCUGUUGGAAGUACUGGGGUAUAUCUGCCCCAUUUCACUUGUUUGAAAAAAAGGAAAAUGACCGUACUAGUCCUGCCUAUAUGGGUUGGUGGGGCCCAGCAAAAGGCGUACCGAUGUUGGUAUUGGUAGCAGCCAAUUUACAGUUUGAGGAUAUUGUACCCGCCACGAUAAAGAAGAUGCAAGACUCAUUACAAACUAGAGUAAAAAGUAUACUUCGAUCUACACAACUCAUAUCAGUCAACAGCAAUAAAAUCGAUAGAGAUAGAGGGGGUGGAGGACAAGGCUUUAAACAUCAUCAUCAACCGCCACCUCCUGUCGAAGUGAAAUCGCUCUUUUUAUUGCCAUCUGGUUCGCAACCUAUCAUUCAUAUUGUGCCUGCUUCUACCGAACAAAUGAGAAAAGAAGAAACCAUUGAGUAUAGCUUUGAUCAAGUUCAACCCUUGUCUCACUAUAUGCAAUUGUUGAAGGAGCCGGAACACUCGCCCUCUGUGCAGCUUUAUCACGAUUACAGUGAAAAGCUACUCAGAAAUUAUGUUGCGAUAUGGACUAAAGCAGCGACACUUCGACAUCCGUUGCACAAUAAUCAAAACAACUUUACCAGCAGAAAGGCCAACAAUGGCGUUGAUGCUUUCAAAAGUGCGCCAUUGCCAACGGCUAUGCACUUUGUGUCAGCCAUAGUACCCUUAUUAUCCUUUCUUUUUGGACGCUCCAUUUUGCAGGAUGGCAGAGAUUUCAAUAAAAAAGUGAUUGUUGCCGAAAACUCUAGCACGAAGGGCAUGAUACAGCAGAUUGAGGUUAUUUUGCGAAAAAAAAUAAGGGACCACGUAGAAAUCGAAACUGUGUUUUCAAAAAGUCGUUCGUUGAAGAUAAUGAAAAAAUGUCUGGAAAUCUAUCUUCAAGAUUCUCCUCCAUUUUAUCCAGAACGCUACCAUCUGUUAAAGCGAGCGCAUGUGUUGAGGCUGUAUCAUUCAUUGGCUCGUGGGCCAUGUAUGUUAGAUUACGCAAAUGAACUAGAACGGGAAUGCGAUACUAUAUGGAAGAGUGGCAGAGAGGGCUGUGAACAUAUCAGUUUGACAGAGAAAGCAUGUCGAUUGAAGUUGGGGCAUGAGCAUGCGGCGGUCAAACAAAAAACAGGUCGUGAUGAAAGAUCUACAUUCGUUGACCCUAAAAAGCAUAACAGCGGAUUCACUCUGUUUCAUGCAUGUAGCUGUGGAAAAACACAGGGAAUUCGAGAAGAUCCCUUUGAUUUAGACGAUGCCAAUGACAAGUUCUACAGGAAAUUUGGCUGCUGUUUAGGUCCUGAUCGAGCAGCUGUUGAUAUCGCAAAAUCAACUUUUGGCGAUCGACAGCACUUAGUACUGAACUCUGAAGAACUGCCACCUGGAAAUGAUAUUGCCUUGAUCUAUUUAGGUCCUUCAACAAUUUACAAAAAUAAUGUGGGCUUGGAUAAGGUCGGUGGUUUUAUGAGCAAUACCAAUUUUUUGAUUCCGUGGUCAAUUACCACCAUUGAGGAAAUAAAGUCAAGGAAAAAUCAAGAAGCAGUCGAUGCUGCAGAAGUCAAUGAAAAAAGAAAGACUGAGGCAACAAACAGUAGCUUAAAGGAAAAUGCGAAUGCUGCACAAGAGACGGAAUGGCCAACAUUAGGUCAACAACAAUCCGUUCAACCUACUGCUACUGCUCCGUCUAUCGCUCUGGUACCAUCGUUGGACGCUUUUCCGGUGCUUGGAACGGAUCCUACAACAACAACAACAUCAACUGUUUCUUCAAAAGAUAACAGUACAAUGAGUUUAGCAAGACCCUCAAAGUCAGAAAAUAAACAACUGCGUCGAUAUCGAUCUCGGGAACGUCUUCAAGGCUUAAUUCGUGGCUAUGUUGGGGCCGAAUAUGAAUGUCCCCUAGGCCAUCGCUUUUUCAGCUGCGGUCAGGGUAGAGUAUGUAAAUUAGGUCACAAAGACCAUCCUAAGGAGCAUGGCAAUUACUUUGUACACCAGGAUUUGCCAGUCUAUAUCGUUUGCCCUUGUUCAUACGCUAAUACUUCAAGUACAAAUAUGAAAGAAAAUAAUACUGCCACGGCAGCUGCAAUGGAAGUGACAGCACAGUUGCAACGAUUAUACGUUGUGACACCAGAUGAAGCCGUUACCAUUACUUUGGAGCCCAAAAUCACAAUUUUUAUGGAAGACGCAAAAGAGCCAUUACAAUUGAAUCUUGGUAUGAAUGAUUAUGUAUCACUUGCACCAGGCAGUAUGUAUGUCCUUCGAUUACCGUUUAUCUAUAGAGACAGCGAAGGCAAUCCGAUACGCAUGUCGAACGAUGUUCAGAAGAGACUAAAAAGUGCCAUACUCCAGAAGGAUUAUAUAAAAUUUCACUAUAAAGAAGCCGAAAAAUGGACGUUAAAUUCCAGGCCUGGAUAA